CAUGACCUCAAGUAUAAAAGUGCUGCUACCUGCAGACCUGACAGUCCUCAGCUGACACACUCUCCUCAUCUGCAUCUUCACCUGAAAGACUCCCAUUGCAGAAGUAUUUAAGGAACCCUGCCGGGGCCUGAACAGUGUCUCUUUGACAUCCAGCCAUGCCCUCCUCUUCAACCCCACCCUUCCUCUACCUGAGCCUCCUCCUCUUCCUGUCACACCACCACCCCGUUCUGUCCUGUCAGACGGGGAGCCGCAGCGAGUGUGAGUCCGCCCCCUUUGUACCGGGCCACAACUUGGUGGGGGAGGGCUUUGAUGUGGUCACCCUGCAGCGUAAAGGAGCCUACGUGAUUGACGUGAAGACCUACCUCACCCCAAAUGGCACCUGCACUCUUUGCUCCAACCCUCUUCAAGGCAACAUGCUGCAGAAACUGCCGGUCUCUGGAGUGGACUGGCGUGCAUUCAGCUCCUGCACUUUUCAUCUCUACAACAGCGUACACACCUCCGUCAGCUCACUGGUUAAAACAUACACCAACCAGGUGUGUUCCAACUGGAAGCUUGGACUAGAUUACAUGAAGUUUGUAGGCCUGGACGUGGGCGGAACACUUUCUACUGUGCAUGGCUUUGCCACAGCCAGGAGCAGAGAGGACCGCUACACCUUCAGCACACACAUGACCGCCUGUAGACAUUACAGGUACCGUGUGUCGAGCAGACCCCAACUCAGCCAAGAAUUCAGGAGGGAUUUGGCAACACUGCCUAGUAACUACAACCCCUCAACCAGUGCCCAGUAUAGACGGCUCAUAGACAUCUAUGGCACUCAUUAUCUCCGACAGGUUUAUCUCGGGGGACGGUUCAGGCGAGUCACAUCAACACGUACAUGUUUGUCCUCACUGAAUGGCUUCUCCUCAAACCAGGCGCACCAGUGUUUAUCACAGGGUCUCAGGGUUGGCCUGGGGAAGAUAGGCCUGUCCGCUAAUCUGAAGACCUGCAACACAUUCCUACAGAACCAGGAUGUCUCCACUUCUUUCAGCUCUGGUCUCCACCAGCACUACACUGAGGUUGUAGGAGGCAGCGGUUGGGUGGGGGAGUUUUCACUCACCCACAACAACUCCCUGGGCCACCGCAACUGGCUGAAAACCCUUAAGGAUCACCCUGAUGUUGAACGGUAUUCUGUAAGACCAAUGUACGAGCUGGUGCCGUCUUGGACAAAAAAGACAGGGCUGAAGGCUGCCAUUGAGCAGUACCUGACAGACAAUGCCAUCGGGGCCUCACCCAAAGCACCCCUCUGUGGCAACGAUGACCCUAACCUGGACUCUAGCUGCUGUCCUAAACAGGCCUGGAGGGGAACACUGGUGGUGACCAUUGUCCAAGCCUGGGGUCUGAAAGGAGAUCUCUGGGGCCAGACUGAAGCGUAUGUUCAGAUGUGGUACGGUUCCAGCCACCGCAAGACUCAUAUGAUCAGGUCAAACUACCCCAAAUGGAACAUUGAAUAUAAUCUGGGCAAGGUUGACACACACUUGCGUCUGAGGAUUGAAGUCUGGGAUGAAGACGUAUUCAGAGACCAAUUUCUGGGAUCAUGUGUGAAGGAUCUGCGACAGGGAACACAGACAGUCACCUGCCCGACCAAAAGAGGCCGCGUCGAGGUCAAGUACACGCUGACCUGCGACCCUCACCUAACUGGACACCGCUGUGACCAGUACAAACCUUCUCCAUACUGACAAAUGCAUUCUGGGUAGCACACACACACUAUUCCAAUGCUGCUGGCUUGUCUUUAAUCAAGUCUGAUAACAGAUCUGUUGAUUACUGUCUUUAAAUGCAAUGAACCAGACAGCUACACAGUAUGACACCCAGGUUAUAUGUAAAAUGCUGUCACGCUAUUCGGCUUUGGGGACUAUAUGAACUAGAGGUGCAGCUAUUCACCUAUAUAAUUUAAGUGUUUGACUUAUAAACAUAUAUUGAGCAUCAUAUGUGUUCCUGGACUUUAACUUCGGGUGUAGUAUAGUGUUAACCUCUGCAUGAAGCCGCUUCUGAGUCAGUUUGGGAGAGAUAGUUGUCCCGUUUUAUUCUGUUCUGAGUUUUGGUGGUGGGCCCACAUUUGGAAAACAAAUUCUGCCUUCGCCAUAUAAGGGGGUUGCUGUUGAUUAUUUUCCUCAAUCAUGCUCAACACUGUCAAGAAUAUGAUUAGAGAACAUUUUUUGUGUUGUCUUUCUCAUGCAAAUAAAGAUUGUC